AGAGAGAGAGAGGGAGAGAGAGCGAGAGAAAGCCAGCGAGAGGUAGAGCAAGGGUGAGCGAGCACGAGCCACACAGUGCGAGAGGGUGAAGAGGUAGAGAGAGAGAGAGAGAGAGAGAGGGAGAGAGAGAGGGGAAAGGAGUUAAUGGAUAGGACUACAACUGCGCACAAACACAGAUUUGAUCAGUGAGUUGAACUUGCUGGUCCUGGUCAGUGCAGAGCGAAGCGCACACCGGCCCUGCUUUACUUGUUGAACCGGGCUCAAACGCUUCUUUUUUUUUUCUCUACCUGAGAGGAAGAAGUUGAAGGAAGAACUCUGCGUGGGACCGGAUUCCAUUUUGGACGUAUUUAUGUGACAACUUGCUUUUGUUGAAUGUGUAAUGCGGGGUGAUCGGAAGCAAGCGCGGAACCUGUGGAUUUAACGCAAACGGAUUUGGGACUGAUUAUUUCUUAUCUUUUGACUUGCGCCGCUUUGCCCCGGCGUACAUGAACAGUUCCUAAAGAGUCAAGAAUCAAAAGCGAAGCGAUGGAAGUAAGUGCGGAUCAGCCACGGUGGAUGAGCCAUCAUGCCGCGGUGUUGAACGAGCAGCAUCCCGGCUCACAUCACCCGGGCCUCGGCCACUCGUACAUGGACCCUUCGCAGUAUCCCCUCGCUGAAGAUGUGGAUGUACUCUUUAAUAUCGAUGGACAGGGGAACCACGUCUCUCCGUACUAUGGAAACUCUGUCCGAGCCGUCCAGAGGUACCCUCCUCCUCCACACAGUAGCCAGGUGUGCCGUCCCUCGUUACUGCACAGCUCUCUGCCCUGGCUGGAGGGGAGCAAAGGCAUCGCCCCGCACCACAGCAGCUCCCCGUGGAACCUGAGCCCCUUCCCCAAGAACCCCCUGCACCACGGCUCCCCGGCGGGCCUGUCCGUCUACCCCCCGGCCUCCUCCACCUCCCUGUCCACCGGCCACUCGAGUCCGCACCUCUUCACGUUUCCCCCGACCCCGCCGAAAGACGUGUCCCCGGACCCGGGCAUAUCCACCCCGGGCUCCAGCAGCUCCGGCCGGCAAGAGGACAAAGAGUGCAUAAAGUACCAGGUGACCCUGGCCGACAGUAUGAAACUUGAAUCAGCUCACAGCCGGAGCGUGGCGUCAAUCGGAGCAGGGUCAGCCUCUGCCCACCACCCCAUCGCCACAUACCCACCCUAUGAAUACGGCCCAGGCCUCUUCCCACCAAGUAGCCUGAUAGGUGGGUCAUCUUCUAGUUAUGGUUCCAAAACAAGACCAAAAACAAGGUCCUGUUCAGGUAGGCGUGCGCUUUAUUACAUUCCCUUUUGA